AUGGACUGGGAUAUCGACAUUACCGCAGUGAUGGCCGAGCAGGAUGAUAGUGACCAGGAUUCGGGCCAUGCCAGUGAUGAGGUGAGCCAAGCCUACUCCGAUACAUCGUUCAUUGAGGAAAUCAUGUUCGUCGCUUCAGCAGCGCACGAAGGUGGUAGUGACGCAGAGAACGAUGCACCGAUAGCUCGCUGUAUCUUCGAGGAGGACCAGCAGAAGGAAGCCACCGACGGUGAAUCCUUUAACGAGCGUGCCACAUCGCAACAACACCCAAAUGGCGAAUGGUGGUGUGAGGUUUGUGGCAAGACACAGAACCGAAACCGUCGUCGGUGUGAAACGUGUCACCGGCAUCGUCAACGUCACUCGGUGGCUGGCCAUCAGCAGUCCUUCAGCUGUUCACACUGUGGCAAACAGUUCCGGCGCCGGUUAGCACUCACGUGUCAUCUGCGGGUGCACACGGGCGAGAGGCCGUUCCGGUGCGAGGUAUGUGAACGAUCGUUCAGCCUCCGGUCUACGCUGGCUGCCCACCGAAAACUGCACGGUGGCAGCGACGGUGGACCGGCGUUGCAGUGUGAAACGUGUGGCCGAAUCUUUACGCAACCGAGUGCUCUGUCCAGCCAUCGGCAGCUGCAUGCCUCGGUACGGCCGCAUUGCUGUGGGCUCUGUGGAAAGGAGUUUGUCCGUCUGCAUGCGCUCAAGAUCCAUAUACUGAGCCACUCGAACGAGCGACCGUACGGGUGUGAAGAGUGCGGUAAAACGUUUGCCGAAAAGCACGUGCUCGUACGCCACCGGAAGACGCACAGUGGUGAGCGGCCGUACGGGUGUGCGGUGUGCGGGAAGUCGUUCAAGGAGCGGUACGAUCUGUUGCGUCACUCGCUUAUCCACAGUGGCCAACGGCCCCACAAGUGCACGGUGUGUUCGAAAAGUUUCGUCCAGUCGAACGCACUCGCCAAACACCGGAAGUGCCACGAGCGCAAUGCUGUUGCUGUUGGGGCCUCCACCGGACGGGGACCUUCGGAGAUGUACGCGGGGCACGCCGAGAGUGCCAAGUGCUGUUAG